AUACACCUCCUUCUACUACUCUGCUUCUCUGUCCCUCCGCCUGGACCAGACUCUGUCUUCAAAAUAAUUUACAGCUUGAGCUGAUAGUGAAGAAACAGGUGCAAAGAUGCUGGUUGUCCUGGCGUUCAUUGUCAUCUUUCACAUAACUUCCAUAGCGCUGCUCUUCAUCUCCACAAUAGACAAUGCCUGGUGGGUAGGAGAUAACUUCUCUGUUGACAUCUGGAGAUCCUGUUUCACCAACGUCACCAACACAGUGUGUAAAGACAUUGUAAGCAGUAACCCAUCAUAUCAAGCCAUUCAGACCAUCCAGGCAACAAUGAUCCUAGCUACUAUCUUGUGCUGCUUUGGGUUUUUCAGUUUCAUCCUUCAGCUCUUCCGCCUCAAGCAAGGAGAGAGAUUUGUGCUAACUGCCACCAUUCAGAUACUGUCAUGCCUCUGUGUUAUGAUUGGUGUCUCUAUUUACACUUCCAUGCACGACCAGUUCCACCCAGAGCUUAAACCCGACGCCGGCAGAUUUGGCUACUCAUUCGUCAUCGCCUGGAUCGCCUUUGCCUUCACGCUAACGAACAGCAUCAUGUACCUUAUACUGAGAAAGCGCAAAUAAUUUGCCGCGGCAGCUAGUCCAUUUCUUAUCACUACAGAAACCAAAUUCAGAUAAUCGUUUUGUAUAUAACCAUUUCUUAUGGUUUUGUAGUAUUGUUUGUUAAAACAAAAUGUACUGUUUCCUUUGCAUCCAUGCUAAAGACUCUGAUACAUUGUACAUGCACCCUGGAACAUUUGCCUUCAUCGGGGCGAAUGGGAAGGAAGAAGAAUUAUUGCAAUGCAUGUAUCAUGUUUUAUAACUUGAACUGUUUUUAUUUUGUAGAAAUAUAUUUUUAUUUCAGAUUUAGGCGUAACAAAAUAUAGUUAGCGGGUUUUUACGUAAAAAAAAAAUUUCUGUGCAAUGAGAGCCAACCUUCCCACUAGUAAAUUCUGUAUAGAUAUGGGCUGAAAGUUCUUUGGACUGUAAAAAAAUAAGAACAUUAUUAAAAUCCUCACAGUCAGUGGAGCUCAUUUAUCAAUACUGGGCAAAUUAGCCCAUGGGCAGUUACCUAUAGCAACCAAUCAGUGAUUAGCUUUUUAAAGCCAGCUGCAAGUAGAACAAUGAAUGCGGCAAUCUGAUUGGUUGCCAUGGGUUACUGCCCAUGGGCAAAUUUGCUCAGUGUUAAUAAAUGACCCCCAGUGAGUUUUGUUGAUUGCUGGGGUCAGUGACCCAGAGAUAGAAGAGGCAGAAUAGAAACCAAGAUAAAAUAUUUAAGACCAAGUGAAAGGUUGCUUAGAAUAGGUCCAAUAAUAUAAAGUGGAAUUUCCCCUUCCCAUUGUCUGAAAGCAAUACAUUCAUAACUUGCAUUCCUUUGCAUUUGUGGUGAAGGAUAAUUUUGACUCCCAGCACAACCCACUCCGAGCUGUACAUAAUUUGUAAGUUGUUCAUAGAUGGUUCUUUUGCAUGUAGUAUUAGCAUUUAAGUCAUGCCUAUAAUUCUGUUACUUAUAUUCAAUUAGAUUAAACAGCUGCUUUAGUAAGUAAACAUAUUUGCUUCUGCUGUCUCUUAGUUUCCCUUGGAAUUCUGUGCAUAGAUGGGGGUGGGGUUAACACACAAAAAUGGAGAUUGUACUGUAUGUUUCUAGAAAAAUUAAAAGUAAACAUGUAUAUUGCAA